AUCAGAUACGUAAAGUGUUUCUCCGUAAAUCGGCUACAAACUCUUCAAAUGUAUCAUAUUUAUUAAUCCAAUUUUCAUCGGCAGUAAAAUGCAGCGUGAUCUUAUGCUUCCAUGUCUACCAGGGUUUAGUUUCGAUAAAAACCUUGAUCGAACAAACUUUGCGAGGAAUCAAUACUUUACUAAAAUUCACGAUGGAGUUUAUUAUUUAUCGGAAAAGUUUGAUAAAAGCGAUCCAAUUCGUUAUCCGUCAAUUUAUGCUCGCGGGGAAGUUCAAGAACUGCCUCCUUGGAUUGCCUAUGAUGGCCAAAGGUUAAUGUUCAAAGCAUUUUUUCAAGAAACAGUUAACGAAAGAUGGAAAGCAGCUUACCAAAUACGCGUGGUAAAUAUCAGCUUCUUUUUGGAGGAUGGAACGAUGAAAAUUUCUGAGCCUUCCGUGGACAAUAGUGGACUUGAGCAAGGCGUCUUGUUAAGGCGACAGAGAAUUCCAAUGCCUGAUCCAGUGAGAUACAGAUACUACGAUAUAAUAGAUCUAAAUAUCGGCAAAGAGCCGGAAUUAUUUGGGAGAGUAUAUAAGAUCGUAGACUGUGACAAAUUUACGAGACAAUUUUUAAAUCGUAUGGGAAUCGCCGUGCCAGAUCCGAUAGAAAUACCAAAGGAUCCUUAUUUGGAACUUCAUAAGCGAGAAACAUUUCCAAAGAAACCAAAACAGAAGGUGGAUACUCGCGGCGAUUUCUUGAAAUACGACAAACAAGUGCUUCGAUUUUAUGGAUAUUGGGAUGACACGGAUAACCUUUACGGUGUCGUGCAUGAUCUGGAAAUUUACUAUUACCUAGCUGACAACACGAUAGAGAUCAAAGAAAAUCUGCCGUCGAAUUCCGGACGAGAUUCCGGUUCCACGUUUUUGCGACGUAUGCAAGUUCCUAAAAUCUUCUCGGAAAUGGGCUCGAUCGGAACAGGGAACGCUUUUACCGUCUUGAACGUCAUGGGAGACGAUACAUCCCAUGGUUAUUACACGAUAGAUCCAUUGAACACUGGAAAGGUUCGUAGGGAGUAUUACAAAGAAAAUGAACUUAGUAUCGGCGCACAAGUAAAUAUCUUCGGCAGAAUAAUUGUCAUAACAGACAUGGACGCUUUUACGAAGGAAUACUACAGGAAAAAAUACGGCCUGGAUGACUUCACGCCCAUGGAAAGACCUCGAAAUGUUGGCGAGAUUUGCGUGAAAGUGGAGAGAUACAUUCCACCCUACAAUGGUUUUGGGUCCUACGAAGAUUCCCUCGGCAACUGUUUCAGGGUGAUACCGCAGCCACCUAAAACAGAUGUCGUUAAGUUCCUGCGUUACGACAAACAGGGCUUGGACAGCUACGUUUUGAGAUUCAGAGCGCAAAUGAUAUCGAACGUACCGGCUAAUCAAGACAGGCAGUUCAUUAUAAGAGUUUUCCUCAUGGACGAUACGGUUUCUAUUUUCGAACUGGCGAGGAGAAAUUCAGGCUUUAGACGAUGCGUGUUCCAGAAGAGAAUGCCAGUGAUGUUACCUAAUCAAGAGGUAUUUGUAAGCAAGAAACCGGAUUAUUACAAGCCGGAGGAUUUUUAUAUUGGAGCACGUCCUAACUUGAACGGUUUUAUCUUCGAAAUUACUUCGGCCGACGUUUAUGCUCUUCGUUACAUGGAGUUACAUUGCGAUAAGUUCGCCAAAGCUAACGCCAAGUUAAUCGUGGAAAAACUACGACAGACAUUGAAACCGGUUUACAAAGAAUUCCUACAGCUUUGCGAGCCAGCCCAAUCAAUCGACGGGGAUGUUCGAGUCCUGCCGUACGAGAAACUCAGGGAGGUCUUGGGCAAGUAUAUGGAAGGAAAAAUAACAGAGCACGAAAUAAUCACGAUCGCUCGACAUUAUUCGUCUCAUGAGAAAAAAGAGUUUCAUACUAGGGAAUACAUAAGACAGUUAAUGCAUACGGAACUUUUGCGAACUUUGUGGAACGAUCUCGAUCGUUUGGAGGAGGAUCUGCAUCAUUGGGACAGAGGAAGAACAGGGUUCUUGCCACGCCAUACGUUGUACACUACGCUCCGUGCUGCCAGACUUCCAGUCGACGUGGAACUUUUAAAUUCCAUGCUUGAUCACAUUCACAAGAACGAAGAGGAACAACUGGACUAUAAUGACGUUCUAAAAUUUAUUAACGUUAAAGUGGAUCCUCCUCCACCAGCGCCGCCGAUAAACGUCAAGACUGCACUUUGGUGGGCAUCAGAAAAAGAACCGGACUGUGGAGCUGGUAUAAACUGGUGUGUUUUCAUAAAAGAUUUAAAUAUUGUCGACGAAGAGACGAAUUCAAACGAAAGCUCAAAGUCCCCAGAAAUGCAAAUCACAGAUUGCAAAACAAACUAUUGAAUAUUCUUAUACAAUAAUAAGUCAUUUUUGCAGAAUUUUCAUUAUAGUCAACAAUGUUAUAUACUUUAAACAUGCACAGUUUAAAUUUGCCUAUAACGUAUUUUCGAUUAUUUUACAUAAUUAUACAUUUACAAUAUCUCUCAUAAUUAUUCAAACAUCUUUUAUACUCUGCUGCUGCCAUAACAAUUGAUUAAUAUUGUUAAUUUUAUAAGUCAAAUAUUAUUUUUCUAAUUUUUUAUUCUCAGCUCUUGAAAUUCUUCUCUGACGGUUUCGAUGUCCUUCUAAUACAGGACAUCGUUUCAAAUACACGCGCGAUACACGAUUCUUACCAAAUUUACAAAUUAAUAGAAAAUUCGUGAGAAUUGGAAGCGAUAUUUCUCAUUUCCUCUUUGAAGUCGUUCGAAUAAUUACGUGGAAUUUUGUACGUUUUUACUUUGAUCGUAAUUUAUAACAAUUUUUAUGAGAAAUGUAUUUUAUACCUAUGUCAAUUGCAUGCAAUGCAACGUACCGUGCAGAUCGUAAUGCGACAAAACGUGUAACGAUCAACAGAGGUGAAUAAAAUCUGCUUCUCCGUGUCAA